AUGGAUGAAGUGAUGCAGACGUUGAGGGAUUUGGGUUACAUGGUGGUAGUUCACCUGCUCAAUCCCACGGAUUUAGGUGAGCCCGUCAGCAGGCCGCGCUACUAUUUUGUAGGAGUUCGACAGGAUGUGGCCAUUGUUGGUGAAGAAGUGGCUCAAGGCAUGUACAACCAUAUUUGGCAAAGGUUGAAGAGCUCCAGCGGUCCUGCGGUCCCACUUGGCAAGAGGCUCUUGCCUGCAGAGCACAAGCUUGUCUUGGAAAACCAGUCCCUUCGCCAGCAAAGGUGGGAAGAUGCCAAAGCUGCAAACUUUGGUGGCGACAGUAGGUCGCAGAAAUGGAAGCAGCGCCAUGCAGCCUGGCAGUUGGAGCAUGCUGAGAGCCAGAUCCAGCCAGACCCAAGCAUGCCAAGCCCUGAUGAACUUUUUCUUCACCUACCACGUGAGCGUGAUGUGUGGAAGAACUUGCUGACGGACAAGAGCAUGCCUAGACUGGCAGUUGCUGACUUGUCCCAAAGUUUGGGCCGUGUGCCUUUGCGAUCUGAUUGCACACCUACCAUCACCCCUGGGUCCCACGUGGUUGUGUCUGAAGCUCGGAGAAUGUUAGCUCCUAUGGAAAAGCUCUUGCUACAUUGCCUGCCAGUGCACACCAUGUCCUUUGAAGGCAUAACCGAUGCUGAGUUGGAGGACAUGGGUGGGAACAUGAUGCAUCUCCAGACUGUGGGAGUAGCAAUGUUGGUUGCCAUCGCCCUUGUGGAUUGGGCCCAGCCUGGGUCUAGAUGCGGGAGAUUGCCACAAGAAGGCAACAUGGUUCUUGCGGUCCAUGCGGUCCCUUCGGCCCCCAUGCCAGCAGCAAGAAAGAAAUCGCUGACUGCGGCAGAGAAGAAAUUAGAAAGGCAGCUCCGUGAGCGAUUCGGAUUGAAGGUUGGCAUCAAAAGAAGAGUGAAGGUUGACGCCUCAAGGCUAAAAUCCCAGAAGAAGGUGAAGCUUCCCUGCUUACCUUUGCACAAAGCGUGCCUGCGUGGAACACGCUGGGCAGGCUGA